ACAAGAUGGCGGAUAUUUUGAACAAGAUUGAUAUUUUACGUUAAACUGGCUCAAAAACAACCAAAAUUGAGAUUAUCUACAGACAAAAAACCCUGAAAUAGAUCCUUGGAACACAAAAAUAGCAAUUAUUCAUCCUUGUAUUUUUUAAUUCCUUUCAAACUCAUUUAAAUACUGAUUAAGGAAACUGUCAAAAUGUCUUCUACGUUCGGAGACUUGUUGCAACAAGCCGAGCAGCUAACGGCAGACAUGGAUACUGGCGGAGAAUUACCGCGAAUUGAUCUCAAUCUACACCAGUUGGCAGAAGCAGGAACACGGCUGUGGUCGAGAACUAGUGGUACAGUGAGUGACAGUGCUGAUGUCAAGGCGUCUAUUCUGCUGGGAUCAAAGGGUUUUGAUGUCCCUAAGCUAUCAGAAAAACUAGAGCAACUCGAUACAACCAAAACGUUUGAGCCUUUGGAACCAGUCAGAGAAACAGAUAUACAGGGCUUUUUGAGAAAUGAAAGAGAAAAUGCUAUUCUUUCUGCUAUUGAAGAAGCAAGAAAAAAUACAUUCAGUCAGUCAGAGAGACACCAGUGGAAUUGCAUGGAAAGUGAAUGGGAGAAGGAAAAGGAAAAAAUCCUGAAUUCUCUUCUUGGGGCUGGGCAGGAAACUCUCGGUUUCCCCUCUGAACCAGAGGUUUUCUCUACCAGCUCACUCAGCAUGCAGGGCCGAAGUGCUUUGGAUGCCAUGGAACUUGCAUAUGCCAGACAGGUCUACAUUCACAAUGAGUCUGUACUUCAAGGACGACAGCAUGACAUAGUCUUAGGAUUCUUAGAGAUCGCUGACAAGAUGGACAAUAAGAAUGUUGUUGAUGUGUGGGAGUUUAUUGAAAAUUUGAAAGAAUUACAGAAUAACACAGGGCAUCCACAAAAACUGAGGUCUUCACCUGAUUUCCAAAUCAAAUUUUUGGAAAAGGCAAGAAAUUUUUUCGAGAAAAGAUACAAAACCUAUGUUCAAGAGACAGUUUAUGAUAAUUUACAACAAUCUCGUCUCGGAGGAAUACCAGGCACACUGAACCUGAUUAGAAGCUUCUUAAAAGUUAAACUACCACAAACCUUCCAAGGACUAGAAGAUGGCGAUGUAGACGGCACACCAGUGUGGCCAUUGAUUUACUUUUGUAUGAGAUGUGGUGACCCGCAAGCAGCCAUGCAAGUCAUGGACUAUGUGCCACAAUACCUUGGUGAGUUUAAAGAGUUUUUCAAAGAGUAUAUUCAUAAUAAGGAAAGAAGGUUGAGUCCAAGUACAGAAAGUAAAGUUCGUCUCCAGUACAGAAGAUCUAUUCGCACAAGUCAUGACCCAUUUAAAAGGGCUGUUUACUGUUUGAUAGGACAUUGCGACCUUGCUGAUAACCACCAAGAAAUUGCUACUAAAACUGAUGAUUACUUGUGGUUGAAGUUGAGUCUUGUCAGCGUGAACCAAGAUACUAGUUCCCAAGAUGAAAUGACACUUUCACAGCUGCAAAGCCUUUUGCUUGAACAGUUUGGUGAAGCACAUUUUGGGGCAUAUCAGCAGCCAUUUUUAUAUUUCCAAGUUCUCUUCCUCACUGGACAAUUUGAAGCUGCAAUAGAGUUCUUGUCUAGGGUAGAAUUCUUCAGAAGCCAUGCCGUACAUUAUGCAAUAUCUCUCUAUGAGAUGGGCCUCCUUGCAACCUCAGAGUCUAUACAAGCACAACCCUUGACUAUUGAAGCUGGUGAUCCUCCUCCUGGAAGAAGGUUAAACUUUGCAAGACUCAUUAUGACUUACACACGUAAGUUUGAGAUGACAGACUCGAGGGAAGCUUUGCAGUACUUUUAUCUUUUACGUGGUAUUAAACGCCCUCAUGGAGAAGAUCUCUUCAAGUCAUGUAUAAGUGAGCUUGUGCUAGAAACUAGGGAGUUUGAGAUGCUGCUUGGAAGCCUUCAACCUGAUGGAUCUCGUAAGCCUGGGUGCAUUGACAAGUUUCAAAAGAACAAAAAUGACACACAACGGAUCAUUGAAAUUGUUGCAAAAGACACUGAAGAAAAAGGACUGUUUGAGGAAUCAAUCAAGCUCUAUGACCUUGCAAAGAAUAAUGAAAAAGCUAUUGAAAUCCUAAAUAAACUGUUAAGUCAGGUUGUAUCGACAUCAGGUGGUAAUCAGUCCCCACGUGACCGUCUUCAGAAUCUUGCUGUCACAAUUGCAGACAGGUAUCGCCUACUUGGUCAUAAUGCCAGUCAGAGCAGAAUUAGUACCUUCUUUUUACUACUUGAUUUAAUGCAGUUCUUUGAUUUGUAUCAUGCAAAUCAGUUGGACACAGCCCUAGAUGUAAUGCAGAAGCUUAAACUGGUUCCAUUCAGUAGUGAAACAGUCGAGGAAAGAGUAGCUGCUUUCAGACAGUACAAUGAUGAGAUACGCAGAUGUCUCCCUGAUGUACUUCUUGCUUCAAUGAAUAUACUCUUUGCCAAAUACAAGACAACAAAGUCAACUGGUCAAAGCCCAUUGAUUGACAGGAGAAGAGAUGAUGGCGGUCAGGAGAGGUUCCGGGAGAUUUUACGUCGUCAGGCACGAGCCCUGAUCACAUUUGCUGGGCUGAUACCAUACCGCAUGCCAGGAGACACCAACGCUCGACUAGUUCAAAUGGAAGUACUUAUGAACUAAUUCAUAUGCCUGUUCUUCCUCUUGUUCAAACAGUUUCUUACCUACGUGUAAUUCUACUCAAUCUGGCUUCAAAAACUAGGAAUAGUCUUUUACCUGUGAACUUAAUAUAAUUGCUUUUGUACAAAAUAGAACUAUUGCAAAAUAACUUAUUGUACUUCUUUUCAUCUGUUUACUAAUGAGAACACUGAAAUGCCAUGAA